AUGGAACAGACUUCAUCCAACAAUCUCGACGUUGUUUCAAUGGUCAUUUGGUUAUCAACCGGCAAUGGAAAAUUCUUCGAAUUACAUGGCUCUCGUGACAUAAUUAAACAAGUUUUACCUCAAUCGUCCGAGACUGCUUUUCGUUGGGGUUAUUACAAUUCACCAGCCGAUCCUGACCGUCAGUCGUACACUCAAGUACUCGAAGCUUUCCUCAAAGCUGGCUUUCGUAUCGAAGGUUCAUCCGGAGCUGGCUCACAAGGUCUUCUUCGUGCACAAUAUAUUCUUGUUAAACGCAGUUCCUAA